CUCUCAUCUUAUCCCCAUAAAUAAAAACCAUCAAAAGUUGUGUGCAGCAUAGUUAUGUGACUAUGGCUACCCUUUCAUCUUCUCAAUCGAGUUUUAUCUCUUGUAAUGAGAAUUAUUCUCUUGAUUCGAUUGCAGCUUCUAUCAACGACUACAUUCUCAGCCUCAUAUCAGACUCCGAAUCAUGGAUUAUGCUUAAGCAGAAAUGUAUCACAUUGCUGAGAAUUGAAGAAGAGGAUACUCUGUUUGAAUUCUCUUCCGAGCACUCUGCUCUCUCGAAUCUCUACUGGGGAAUCGAUAGCAUCGAAGCUUCUAUACAACCCGAAUGCUCAGAAGAGAAGACGUCUCGUCUGAGAAACUCUGAGAGAAUGCUUCAAAUGCCUGCGUUGCUUGACGAACAAGGGACCACCACUUCAGGUGUUCCAAACACAAUCUUGGUUGCUUUCUCUUACUUCUACCUCUCCAUUGUGAGCUAUCUCCAAGGUGAUUCCUUGCAGACCACAUUGCAUUUUCUCCAGUCAGUUUUGGUCUCGCCGGAGAUUGUAAGAACCGGCAUUGCCCCUCAAGUCUUCGAGAGCAUUUUCUUCACUCCUGGUGUUUACAAGUCAGAUGAAGAGAUCAGAGAGAUUGCGAGGAAGUAUAAAUACAGAGCAACUUAUUACCAGGUUAUGUCUUAUGGAGAGACUCAUCAGCCACAGAGUGAAUGUACAGAGAAACCGCUUCGAAGGCAGAUGAAAUAUGGGCAAGAAAUAUCUGCGGCUAAUGCUCAUUCAGUUGCAGAGAAGCUAGAAUUGUCAGAAACCUGUGAGAAGUUAUUGCAGUACCAGAGUCACCUCCACAGUGUUGAUUUGCAAGAAGAUGAGCUUAAUGACAUCUUCAACAAAAUCAAAGCAUCAAGGAAGAUUGAAAAAUCUACAAACAACUUUGAAGAUUCUCCUCCAUAUUUGGAUUGGAACCUGGAGGAAGAUUACAAUCCAGAGCUUGGAAAAAGUACAAGAGCCAGAUGCCUCAAUGAAUUCUUGAAAGAGUCACAGCCAGAUACGUCAAACUCAGUAUGCAAUACUAGAGAAGACAUCAGCACGGACACAUCCGCCAACAUCUUUUGUGUUUCCCAACAAGAAGCUCACAAUGAAGCAUAUAAUGAGGAAACAUUAGCCAACAGAUCCCACAGCUUGAUCGGUAAGUUUAACCGUUCCAUCAUUGAUAUUCAGGUUCAACAAGCAAAGACAAGUUGGAAUACGCACUUAGAAGAUGUCUCUUCUUUGAGGCAACUAGAGUUGGAAGAAAUUUCAGUCUUUGGACAUAAAGGGUCCAUAACUUUUGAAGGAAUGAGGAGAAAUUUGCAUACCAGGAAACGAGGAUAUGGACCUGAGACGCAUUCUAGAAGAGCUCCGACGAUGGAUUUAUGGAAGAACCUUCAGAGCUUGAUAAAGGAAGUGUUAGGGAAUGCGGAUGAGAAAUACGUCUCAGAGGUUACAAUGAUUUAUCAAAUGCUGAACAGGAAAGAAGGAUUCAAGUAUAGCAUGCUAAAAGAUGUCAUUCUGGAUCAGCUGUUUACGGCUAUUUCUAGUUCCGAGGAGAAAACUGUCAUAAAGGCAUCGAUGACCGCACUUACCAAGAUCAUAUCAGUUAACAGAACAGCUCUUGAGGAGGUCAAGAGGAAGGGUUUAAAUUUAAGUCACUUAGCAAAUGCCCUGAAACAAAAUGUGCAAGAAGCAGCUAUUCUCAUCUACCUGAUAAAGCCAUCUCCAACAGAAAUAAAGAGUCUUGAGCUUUUACCAGCUCUUGUUGAUGUUGUUGCAUCCACUUCGUCGUCUUCUUCUUGUUACACAUUGAGACCUUCACCUCCUCUUUUGACGCCGCCUGCUGCAUCAUUGAUGAUAAUUGAAGUUCUUAUUACUGCUUUUGAUCAUGCCACAAACACAAUGCACUUGGCUGCAAUCAGCUCUCCUUCUGUCCUUUGUGGACUUCUUGAUGUUGCAAAAAGUGGAAAUUCAGGGGAAUUCAUAUCCUUGGCAAGUAUUUUAGUAAAAUGCAUGCAGUUUGAUGGACUUAACAGGAAGUAUAUCUAUCAGCAUACUCGAGUGGCUCCUUUUGCUCAUCUCCUGCAGAGCAAAGACAGAGAAGAAAUUUUCAUUGCUCUUCAAUUUCUUCAUGAGGUCCUGAAGAUACCAAGGUCGUCAGCAAUUAAGAUUCUACAACAAAUAAAAAGAGAAGGAAGUUUUGACAUUAAGGAUACAUUAUUGCAGUGUAUAAAACAGUUGCAGGGUGAUCACAAACUCUUUGCAGUAGAUAUAUUGCUUCAGUUGAAUGCACUGGACUCUCAACCUGAGAACAAAAAGUACAGAAAUGAAGCUACCAGAGCUCUGCUUGAUGCAGUUACAUGUAGUGAAGUACCAAAUAUGCAGCUGUUAUCAACCUUCAUUCUUUCGAAUAUCGGUGGAACUUAUUCAUGGACAGGAGAACCGUACACUGCUGCUUGGCUAAUGAAAAGAGGAGGUCUAACUUCAAUGUCACACAUGAAUAUGAUAAGAAAUAUCAACUGGUCAGAUGAAUGCUUACAGGAUCCAGGAAUAGAUGGAUGGUGUUGUAAAAUAGCAAGAAGAGUUAUUGAUACAGGGAAAGCCACGUUUUGUGGUUUACAAGAAGGGUUGAAGAGUAAAAACAAGAGUGUUUCAAAAGCAUGUCUUACAGCCAUUACAUGGCUCAGUAUAGAGAUUUCAAAAGGUCCAAAUAGUUUGAAGUACUCAGCAUGUGAAGUACUACUUGAUGAGGUUGCACAAUUCCUACACCCUGGUUUGGAGCUUGAAGAAAGACUUCUUGCAUGUAUCUGCAUCUACAAUUUUAGCUCUGGAAAAGGAAUCCACAAACUAGUAAAUUUCUCGGAAGGAGUUAGAGAGUCUUUGAGACGUCUUUCAUAUGUGACUUGGAUGGCAGACGAAUUGCAUAAAGCAACAUAUUAUCUAUUCAGCAAAUCUGACCAGCGAAUAUCUUGUGUUCAUACACAAACCAUAGAGUUGCAUCACUCUGGCAGCGGAGCUGUAACAGCCCUCAUCUACCAUAGAGGCUUGCUCUUUAGUGGAUACUCAGACGGUUCUGUCAGGGUGUGGAAUGUGAAUAAGAAAGUAGCUACGCUGUUAUGGGACAUCAAGGAGCACAAAAGCGCCGUAACAUGCUUUUCACUCUCUGAAUCAGGAGAGCGUGUCUUGAGUGGAUCUGCAGAUAAAACUAUCAGGAUAUGGCAGAUUGUUAAAGGAAAACUGGAAUGUGCUGAAGUCAUAAAAACAAAAGAUUCAAUAAGGAAACUGGAAGCAUGCGGAAAUAUGAUCUUUGUCAUAACCAAAGGUCACAAGAUGAAGCUGCUUGAUUCAUCAAGAAUAUCUCAAAGUAUCUUCAAAGGUAAAGGUGUGAAGAGUAUGGUAGCAGCCCAAGGAAAGAUUUAUAUAGGAUGUAUAGAUACAAGCAUACAGGAAUUGAUCGUCACAAAUAAACGGGAGAAAGAGAUCAGAGCACCAACGAGAAGCUGGAGACUUCAAAAUAAGCCUAUCAAUUCAGUGGUUGUGUACAAAGAUAUGUUAUAUAGCUCAAGCACACAUGUUGAGAUGUCUAAUAUAAAGGAUUUGAGAAGGAAUUAUGAUCCCCAAAUGUCAAUACCAGCAGAAAAGGGGUCUAACGUAGUAGCAAUGGGUGUUGUUGAAGACUUCAUCUACCUGAAUCGAAGUUCAUCCGCAAACACUCUUCAGAUUUGGUUGAGAAGAACACAACAGAAAGUGGGAAGACUAUCAGCAGGAAGCAAGAUAACAAGCCUCCUUACUGCAAAUGAUAGUGUUUUCUGCGGUACAGAAGCUGGAGUCAUCAAGGGAUGGAUUCCAUUAUAAAUAGCAGAGAGGACAAGUACAUGAGGUUAAUAACCAUUAAAACUUCAACAAUCAGCUCAAAGUUAUGACACAUGAAGACUCAUGUUCAUAUCACCGUGAAGAAGUAAAUAUGCACAGCUUAAACUAGAGUGGAGUGAAGCUGCCCUUAUGUGAUACUUGUACAUGUGUAGUAAGUAGUCCAUUUCAGUUGUGCGUCGAUAGUGAUUUUGCAAGUAUUUAUGAUCACUUAAGAUCAUUGCUUCAACAAGAGUACCAAUGACAUUAUAAAGACAAAAAGUUACUGUGGAAUGGAUUGAGACUAGUAAAGAGUAAAAGAUUAGCUGAGA